CAAUCACACGUCCUCAAGUGCUUUCCCGGCAGCCAUGGCGCCGUUUCCUGGGUCUGAUGCUGACUAUUUUAAGGACAACGCCCGUAGGGUUCUGUUGAAUCUGCUUGAAGGCGUGCGUGGGAAGAAGAACCUUGUUGUCAGCCAAGAUCUGGCCGGUCCAGUCGGGCUUUUUGUCAAGUUCUCUCUACUCCAGGAGUACGGUGUAGACCGCGUGUUCUUACUGGAGAAUUGCAAUGUGGACUCUUCUCAACGCAAUGUCGUAUUCCUAGUUCAUGCUGAAAAGACACGCCAGGUGCGGACCGUCGCAGACCAGAUUAAACGCUUACAGCGCAAUGGCAAUGUUGAACAUGAAUUCUCUAUAUUCUGGGUCCCAAGACGUACCCUUGUAAGCAAUGCAAUCCUGGAGGAUGCCGGAAUUAUCGGAGAUGUGAACAUUGCCGAGCUUCCCUUGUACUUCAUGCCUCUGGAGCAAGAUGUCCUGUCCUUGGAGCUGGAGGACUCGUUCAGCGACCUGUAUUUGCACAAGGACCCAGGCUGUGUAUAUCUUGCCGCCAAGUCUCUUAUGGGCCUCCAGCAGCGGCAUGGUUAUUUUCCCCGUAUCAUUGGCAAGGGUGACAAUGCACGACGACUAACUGAUCUCUUACUGCGUAUGAGAAGGGAGCUUGAUGCUGAAGAGGGCUCAGGCCUGACUGACCUCAACGCAAGAGGACUCCUCCCAAGCUCAGAUACCGAAAGUCUGAUCAUCAUUGACCGUGAAGUUGACUUCGGCUCUGCCCUCCUCACACAGCUCACAUAUGAAGGCUUGAUCGAUGAGACCGUCGGUAUCAAGCACAACCAGGCGGACGUGGACACAGCCAUCGUUGGUUCAUCACCAGUCCCUCAAGCACAGGAAUCUUCCAAAGCACCACAGCAAACAUCUAAACAAAACCAAAAACGUAAGAUUCAACUAGACGCCUCUGACCAACUUUUCAGCCAGCUCCGUGACGCCAACUUCGCCAUCGUCGGCGACAUCCUGAACAAAGUGGCUCGUCGCCUCGAAAGUGAUUACGAGAGUCGCCACACAGCGAAGACAACAACCGAACUUCGCGAGUUCGUCAACAAACUACCGACCUAUCAACUAGAGCACCAAAGUCUCCGAGUCCAUACCAACCUCGCGGAGGAAAUUAUGCGCAACACCCGCUCAGACAUUUUCCGCAAAAUCCUAGAAGUCCAGCAAAACAACGCUGCAGGUGCCGACGCAACCUACCAACAUGACGCUGUCGAGGAGCUCAUCGCUCGCGACGUUCCCCUCAAAACCAUCCUCCGCCUCCUAUGUCUAGAAUCCUGCAUGGCCGGUGGUCUCCGCCCCCGAGACCUAGAAAACUUCAAGCGACAGAUCGUCCACGCCUACGGCCACCAACACCUCCUUACAUUUUCCGCCCUCGAGAAAAUGGAACUCCUCCAGCCUCGUUCCUCCGCUACAGCCAUGCUCCUCCCGACAACAGGCACCCAACCUGGCACAAAAACAAACUACAGUUACCUCCGAAAACACCUCCGCCUCGUGGUCGAAGAAGUCAGCGAAAAGGACCCCAACGACAUCGCCUAUGUAUACAGCGGCUUCGCCCCACUGAGCGUCCGCCUAGUCCAAUGCAUCCUGCAAAAGCCAUACAUUCUCUCUCUCAUCAGAGGCGGAACAGCCGCGACUUCAACUUCUCCCAGCCUAGCCAGCGCCGCAUCCCCCGGCUGGCUCGGAUUCGAAGACGUAGUCAAAAGCGCCCGCGGCGCAACAUUCAGCAUUGUUCAAAAGGGUGAUGAUAAGGCAAUCCGUGCCCGCCAAACGCUCAGCGGAAAUAACGCUACCAAGACGGUUUACGUUUUCUUCUUAGGCGGCAUCACAUUCACGGAAAUCGCCGCGUUGCGAUUCAUAGCCGCGCAGGAGGCACCACGCAGGAAGAUCGUUAUCUGUACCACGAGCAUUAUUAACGGGGAUCGGAUGAUGGAGGCUGCGAUUGAGAAGAAGGAUUUCAGUAAGAUGGAAUGAGCGGUUAUGGUUUAUGAGCACUUUGCGUGUAAUUGUUAUGCAAAUAUUGAUAAUCGUCAUGACUAAGGUAAUAAUCAUGAGAAUGGUACGCUGGGCAAUUAGUACAUGUGGCG